AUGCGUUUACGGGAUGGCAAUACUGCUGAAGAGAACAAAAGAAUAAAAGAGUUUAGUGACUGGCAACUUGCUGUUGGAGAUGGGAGAUUACCUACCAUAUCUCCUGGUGAAGAGAACCAUGAAUCAAAAGUCGAGAUACUUGAUCAGUUUGUUGUCCGUAAUGAAGGUAGGCAUCCAAUUGAGACGCUGUUUGAUAUUGUUUAUAUGGAUUUUGAAAGUAGUAUGGACUCAAAGUCAUAUCUGAGUUCGAGAGCAAUCCUAACUCCUACAAAUGUUUGGGUUGACGAUAUCAAUGUGAGAGUUCUUGAAAAGAUUCCGGGUACCUGUCACACCUAUCUUAGCCAGGAUUCAAUGGAAGAUUCUGUUUCUCCGCAUAGCGAUUUUGAUGCUUCCUUUCCAAUUGAAUAUCUAAAUUCAUUAGAUAUGUCGUGCCUUCCCAAGCACGAACUGAAAGUCAAGGUUGGCGCGGUGGUUAUGCUGAUGCGCAACUUGAAUCAAAUUUUAGGGUUGUGCAAUGGAACUAGGAUGAUGGUUACAGACUGUAAGAAAAAUAGUAUUGAGUGUGAGAUUCUAUGUGGUUCACAAAUGGGAACCAGGCACCUCAUACCAAGAAUUGAUAUGAUUCCAAGCGACACUAAUCUUCCAUUUGAUUUUACGAGGACUCAGUUUCCACUACAGGUAUGCUACGCCAUGACGAUUAAUAAGAGUCAAGGUCAAUCUCUUGAUAUGGUAGGACUAUACUUGCCAAGGUCAGUGUUUUCACAUGGCCAGUUGUACGUGGCAAUCUCGCGGGUCACAUCCCCGAGUGGACUUCACAUAUUAAUUGAUGAUGACAAUGGAUCCAGCACCAACGUUACAGCGAAUGUUGUCUUCGAGGAGGUUUUUUACAAUCUUCCCAGCUUAAAUGAUUGA